CUGCCGUGACUCGGCAGCGCCGCCGCUCCCGGUCAUGCUCGGACAUGUCGGGCAGCGACUGGCGAAGGAACUAAGCCCCGACUUGCCUCUCCUUGGCAGCGCUAUAUAAGGCCCGACCCGGCCCGGCCCAGCUCGGUCCAGACACCUGCCGCCGGAGCUCGGCGUGUGGGUUGGACGAGGGCACCGAGGCAAAUGUGCAAUACCAAGAUGUCCUCCCUCACGGAUGCCUCUGCUGUUACUGCUUCGGAGCAAGAGACGCUGGUUAAACCAAAGCCCCUGUUGCUGAAGUUGUUAAAGUUAGCUGGUGCAGAAAAGGACACUUUUACUAUGAAGGAGGUAAUAUUCUAUCUUGGACAAUAUAUUAUGUCUAAACAGUUAUAUGAUGAAAAACAGCAACAUAUUGUACACUGUGCAAAUGAUCUCCUGGGGGAUUUAUUUGGAGUAACAAGCUUUUCAGUAAAAGAACACAGGAGACUGUAUUCAAUGAUUUCCAGAAAUCUGAUAGCAAUCAAUCAACAAGGCCCUGCACUUGCUGACACACCUGAGGAUGAUGCCACUUUUCAUCUUGCAGAAGAAAAUGUUCUUAAGGAGUCUGUGCAAGGGUCAGAAGAAAAGCAGACCUCAUCAAACGGGACUUCCCGACCAACUACAUCUUCUAGAAGGAGAACACACAGUGAAUCUGAAGAAAAUUCUUCAGAUGAUCUGCAUAGUGACAGAAGAAAACGACACAAGUCAGACAGCAUUUCGUUGACGUUUGAUGAGAGUCUCUCGUGGUGUGUAGUCAGUGGUCUGUGCCGUGAAAGAAGCAAUAGCAGUGAUUCAACAGAUUCUCUUUCCAUUCCUGAUCUUGAUGCAAGUUCAUUAAGCGAAAACUCUGACUGGUUUGAGCAUAGUUCUGUUUCAGACCAAUUCAGUGUAGAGUUUGAAGUUGAGUCUAUUUAUUCAGAAGAUUAUAGCCACAAUGAAGAAGGACAGGAGCUCACAGAUGAAGAUGAUGAGGUAUAUCAGCUGACUAUUUACCAGGAUGAAGAUAGCGAUGGUGAUUCAUUUGAUGAAGAUCCCGAGAUUUCUCUAGCUGAUUAUUGGAAGUGUCCCGAAUGUAGCGAAAUGAAUCCUCCGCUUCCGCGACAUUGCCACAGAUGCUGGGCCCUGCGUGAGGACUGGCUCCCAGAGGAAAAGAAUGACAAGUUGGAAAAGAGCGAAUUAGAAAGUUCCCUCCCUCUACAGCCUGAGGAAGGUUUUGAUGUUCCUGACUGCAAGAAAGUGAAAAUGACUGAAGAGAAAGAAGCAGCUAUGGAGGAGAAUGAGGAUAAAGCAGUACAAAUUUCCGAGUCCCAGGAAAGCGAGGAUUACUCCCAGCCAUCGACAUCCAGCAGCGUGUUUUGUAGCAGUCAGGAAGACUAUAAGGAGCCUGAGAAGAGAGAAAUGGAAAGUGUGGAAUCCAGCCUGCCUGUUACCAGCAUAGAGCCCUGCGUCAUCUGUCAGAGCAGGCCUAAAAAUGGCUGCAUAGUACAUGGCAAAACAGGACACCUCAUGUCGUGCUUCACGUGUGCAAGAAAGCUUAAGAAGAGGAACAAACCCUGCCCCGUGUGCAGACAGCCCAUACAAAUGAUUGUGCUAACUUAUUUUAGUUAGAUGGAUGUUGACUGGAAAGCAACAGAAAGAACUUCAUAGAGUACUGGUUAAGAAAGUUAAGAAAUUAUUUUUGUAUGCUUAUUGGGAGAAUUCAUAUGUUGAGACUCUUUACAUUUGGUAUGAAAGGUAAUUGUGGAAAUAAAUGCACUGGCACUGUUAAGAGGUUAGCCCAAUAUUCCUAAGUCAGCUUGGAGGUUUUAAGUCCCUCGCAGUUAAAAUAACCUAUCCCUGCAACUGCCCUCCUCUCCAAGUGUUUGUUUUAGUGACGUUUGUUUUAAUGGAUUAAAUAACGCAUGUUAAAACCCCCCUCUUGAGAAGGUUCUGCUUCCCAAGCAUUCCAGUAUCUGUUGGCUGGUGAAGGACACCAGGUUCAAUCAGAACCCUCUGAAGAAGUCAAUAAAAUAAACAAACAGAAUUUUGUCUCCCUUAUUCCCAAAACUGAAAUUCUUCCAAGUAACCAAACUGCAGGGGAGACCUUACCAGGAAGUAAGUGGGAGAAGAUGCAAUAGAAAAUCAUUUAAGGUUUUGGAAAUAGAAAAGGGUAUUGUGUGUUGUCUAUUUUUAUAGCAUGUGUUGUGCACUUCAGGGCUUUGUGUUCCCUGAGAAGUCAUUGUUCCAAGGUCAGGCUUGCAGUUCUCUCUUAAACAUCCCAAGAAACCACCUUUUAAAGUGCUUUGUGGGUUUGGAAGUCCUUACUGGUCUUAAUAAUUAUUUUAGCAGCAUGAGAAAAGCCUUGAACAGACAAGCUGAAUGAAGGAGAUGCUAUGUAAUGUGAGGUUGGGCAAUAUUAGGGGACAGUUGUACAUUUCUGCACUUGUUUCCUACUUCAGCAGUAGAGCAUGCAGCUCGGUCACUGCAUUCACUUGAAAACAAACAGGAAGGAAGGAAAAGCCCACCUCCAUCUGCAGAAACAACUGAGCUAUGCUGUUCUCGUUCACACAGACGUUCUUUAGAUUCACUGCUCCUUCCAACUUAGCUGUUUGUGUCAUAACAAUUCUGAAAAUUUCUUGCAGUGUUUGGUCCAACUUAAAAUUGGUCUCACUGUAUCCAUCCUUUCCUGCUUUUGGCUCUCGUCUCCUCGCUUUACUUCAUCAGAAGCCGUGUGAAACAGAGCAGUUCCUUUAUGAAGGAGUCUGCCAACCACCUCAGUCCCUGCUGCUUUCAGAGGGGGUAGUGUGGGUGUAAGCUCGGGUAUCUUCAGGAUAGAGUCAGUUUACUGAUCUGAGCUGAUUUUCAGAUGGAGACUUUCUGUGCCAGUGAGUUGUGUUUAUUUAGUUUGCAAGAGGAAUUGUGUGGUUUUAGCACCUUUUAAUUUUACAGGCAGUUGCUUCUCACUUGCAAUGGGAAUGCAGUAGUCGGGGGAUUGCCAAGAGUGGAGACAUAGCCUGACUGUGGGGGUCGUGCUGAGCUACCCCAAUGGGCUGGGAGUGCCUCUGGGCUAGGACAAAGGCUUCUACUGCUACAGUUACCAUCUGUCAGAGCUGGACUUGUUCUUCUGCCAUGAAGGGGGUGCAAGCUGGGGUUUGCAGGGGAAGUGCUCAGGGAAAGGAGAUAAAGCUGUGCAGGAGAAGCUCUGUGUACCCUUGGUUGUUACCUGUACCUGUCUGGAUAAAACUUGGCUACUGGGGUCAGAUGUGUUUUGUUUGUACAUUUGAACUAAUUUUCAAAAAACACUCCCAAAAGGUAGUAAUAUCUCUGAAGUUUUACCACAAUUCAACUAAACAAAACAUAAACUCCAGUUGUGGAUGUUUCUUGAAAUUCUUGCUUGCUUACCCAUUGCAAUUUGUAAAGCUACAGUAGGGGGCUGGAAUUUUUUGAAGUGGGUUUUGUGGGAUUUGAUAAUCCUUUAGCCCAAAAUAGGGAAGUGCUUUGGUCAGAUAUUUAAAAUUCUCAAGUAGAGAUGCUGGUAAUAGAUGGCCACCUGCCUUAAUCCACAUGGCUUCCUAUUUAUUUUUCCUAAUUUUUUCUUUGAUUUGAUUUUGAUUUGCAGAGACUCUUCCAUUAAACCUGCAGGUUGCAACCAAACAAGUGCUUGUAGCUGGGGUCGGAAACCUGCAGCUGUGGGGAUUGUAGAUGUGCCUGGCCGAGACCAGUGCUGAUGACAAAAAAACCCCUCAUCUGUUGAUGCCUUCUCUUAGUGAUGGCUGGCCUAGGACUAUCCUGCUCUUGGUGUUCUCUUCCAGUCAGGCCGCUCAAGUGAUCAUGGUACUGAAAUAACCUAUUUCAGUUCUCAGGCACGUGUGGUCAGAGCAGUCCUCGCUGUUCACAACCACCUUCAAAAACUAUUUCAUCUCCCAGAAGCACUUUCUGGUUUUGCAAGAGAUAAGCAGAGUAUGCGGCACGGUGAAUUUUCCUGCUUGUGAGCUGAAAUGGUACUUCCCUGGCACGGCCUCUGCUGUGGAGAACAGCCCUGGAAAUACCCACCACUCCACACAAUGCUGAGGCCGUGGGCCAUUUUGAUUUCCGCAUCUGUGGCCAAACUCCUGUGAGCAAUUCUUUGGUUUGAGUUACAUUUUCUGUAUUAAUGUUAUUAACUUCUAGUAGAACUCCCAGCUGUGGUUGAUUUGGGGCCCACCUCACUCAUAUAGGAGUGGUGAAUGGUGGUGCCUACUCUCAUUCCCACCAGAGAGGCUGGGGCCUGCAAGCACGUGCCCAGGCUUUGGGGUGUGGGUGACACUGUCAACUCCACACUGCUGCCCCAGCGCCAGCCCAGGGUCUGGUUUUCAGUCCAAAAGGCUGAAAUCUUUGGGUCUGCCCCUGUGCCGCCACCCCACCGUGUUCAGCACAUGUAGGGCAGGGAGUGGCCAGCCUGGGCUUGUCACCCCCUUCCUUCCUUCUGGCCUGCAGACACAUUUCUGGCCUGGGGCAGCAGCACAAACGUCAGGGAGGUUUUAGUAGUUGGCAGUUGUUGCCUGGUGAGGUCUUUGAGAUUCAUAUUUAUACGUCGCACAGAUUUUGAUCUUUAAUUUAUUUCAGUUUGUAAAUAUGCUUACAGUUAGGGGUUUGAGCUUUAAUUUAUUGAAUUAGUCUAUGGGUACGUGUGUAAAUACAUAAACAUGCAUACUUAGUAACUCACAGUCAUGAAAGAAAUAUUUAAGGAAUUGUAGCUUUAAAAUAAAGAGAAAUAUUCAGAUAGUUUUCAGACUAAGGCAGGCAGAGCAAGGUUUAUGGCUCCGUUGGUGUUUUUCCUUCCCUUAAAAUGACUUCUGUGUUGAAACUGAACAUUUAUUAAAUAGAGGUGGACGCUAGUGCAACAGUAGCAGAGUGAAAAUAUUUUGAUGAUGUUUGUUUUCCUUUGGAGUGCUUUUGGAUGUCUGAGUACAGCCAAGAGGCUGGCUGAGUGCUUUGGGUGGUGGUAGGGUCAGAGGUGCACCGAGAGGUUAAUUUGCAAGAAGUGAGGUUCACUUUUGCCUUUGAAUACAACCAAGGGCAUUAAAGGGAUGGCCAGGUGCUGGCAAAAUGUGACAGUACAUGAUUCUCUGUAAUGGCCUUACUCUGUUCCAUUGGGCUCUUCAGGUAGACAAUAGCUGUGUACAACCGCUCCAAGAACUCACAUUUAUUCUGUUUUAUAAAGUACAAUAAACCUACUUUCUGAUCAAGCUUGA